CAUGCCGGGAUACAUCUCAGUGUUGACACAAAAUGGUCGAGUAUGUUUUGUGACCUGGGAGUUUAGCAGGCCUAAAAACCAAACUUGUAUCGUAUUAUUUGGCACGCAGAACAUCCAUUCGAGUAGUAUAUAGUAAGUGGCGAAUAUAGUGUUAUAGCAAGGACACGUGAGAGCAAGACUGGCGAAGGGAAGCUGAUUUGGCCACAGACAGAAAGUCCGCCCCUGAAUGACUCGGCUACCGCUCACAGAGUACAGUUACCUACAUCAUAGAGGACACUAAACCAAGCCGAAUGAAGAGAGCGGCUGCAAAGCAUCUAAUUGAGCGCUACUUUUGCCAGUUAACAGAGGGCUGUGGAAAUGGGGCCUGCACGAAUGAGUUGUGUGCUUCGUGUCUUGGUUUUCAACCGUUGGAUCACAACACGGCGGCCAUCAGAGCCCUGGAGCUCUAUAAAAUGAACGCCAAACUGUGUGGUCGUCACUCUGCUGCCUUCUCUGACAAUAGCAGUGCCAAAGAAACCCACCCUGCCUUAUUGGGCGACCGUCACGGGAAGAUGCCAGACCACGAAGACAACAUGUUUCCUCCUAGGGAAGACUUCAGAGAGGUGCAUUACCUGACCGAGGAGAAGGUGUAUGAGAUCCUGAGUAUCUGUGAGGGGAAGAAGGACUACUCUCCUCUGAUCCGAGUCAUCGGGAGGAUCUUCUCCAGCGCUGACGGUCUGGUGCGGAGCUUCAGGAAAGACAAGGAGCAACACCCCGACACCAAGGAGCAGCGCAAGACCCACCAGGCCAAAGACGAGGACAAGGACGAGGACGACAAGGAGAGAACCACCGCCAUGGAGCAAGAAUCAGAGGCCUCGGCGUCCAUGGAAGGAGCGACGGGAUCGACGGAGAACAGACUGGGUCCUGUGGAGGUCUCCGUGGACAUAGAAGCUGUGAGGAGAGUGUACGACAGACUCCUCUCCAACGAGAAGAUGGAAUCAGCCUUCCUCAACGCCCUGGUCUACCUAACUCCCAACGUAGAGCUGGAUCUAACCUAUCUGGACGUGUACGACACCAACCCAGACUACCUGAACAUCUUCGUCAUCGUGAUGGAGAACAGCAGCCUCCACAGCCCAGAGUACCUGGAGAUGGCCAUGCCUCUGUUCUGUAAGUGUAUGAGUAAACUCCCUCUGCCUGCCCUGGCCAAGCUGACGCGCCUGUGGUCUCGGUACAGUGUAGAGCACAUCAGGCGUAUGAUGGAGACCUUCCAGCAACUCAUCACCUACACGGUAAUCAGCAACGAGUACGACAGCGACAGUCUGGUCAACGACGACGAGUGUGUGGUGGCUGCAGCCAAGUGUCUAAAGCUGGUGUUCUACGCCAACGUCCUGGGAGGAGACCUGGAUACGGGUCACAAUGAGGAGGAGGAGCCUGCGUCAGAGUCCAGCGAGCUCACCCUGCAGGAGCUCCUGGGGGAGGAGAGGAGUAACAAGAAGGGGCCCCGGGUCGACCCUUUGGAGAAGGAGCUGGGCGUCAGGACCCUGGACUGCAGACGACCCCUCAUCCCCUUCGAGGAGUUUGUCAACGAGCCGCUGAACGAUGUUCUAGAGAUGGACAAGGACUUUACCUUCUUCAAGGUGGACUCGGAGAGUAAGUUCUCCUUCCAGAGCUGUCCCUUCAUCCUCAACGCCUGCACUAAGAGCCUGGGUCUGUACUACGACAACCGCAUCAGCAUGUACAGCGAGAGGAGGAUCACGGCUCUCUACAGCCUGGUACAAGGGCAGCAGCUCAACCCGUACCUCAGGCUCAAAGUACGACGAGACCACAUCAUCGACGACGCCCUCGUCAGGUUAGAGAUGAUCUCCAUGGAGAACCCAGCGGACCUGAGGAAGCAGCUGUUUGUGGAGUUUGAAGGAGAGCAGGGCGUUGACGAAGGAGGAGUGUCUAAAGAGUUUUUCCAGCUUGUCCUUGAGGAGAUGUUCAAUCCCGAUAUUGGCAUGUUUACGUAUGAUGAGUCCACCAAGCUGUUCUGGUACAACCCGUCCUCUCUGGAGAAUGAGGCCCAGUUCACCCUGAUCGGCAUCGUCCUGGGCCUGGCCAUCUACAACAACUGCAUUUUGGAUGUUCACUUCCCCAUGGUGGUCUACAGGAAACUGAUGGGGAAGAAAGGAACCUAUCUUGACCUGGCAGACUCUCACCCGGUUCUGUACCAGAGUCUGAAGGAGCUGCUGGACUAUGAGGGCGACGUGGAGGAGGACAUGAUGAUCACCUUCCAGAUCUCACAGACUGACCUGUUUGGAGACCCCAUCACUUACGACCUGAAGGAAAACGGGGACAAGAUACCUGUGAAUGAGGACAAUAGAACGGAGUUUGUGUCUCUGUAUGGCGAUUACAUCCUUAAUAAGAGUGUGGAACGCCAGUUCAAAGCCUUCAGGAGGGGCUUCCAGAUGGUCACCAACGAGUCGCCUCUCAGCUGUUUGUUUAGACCUGAAGAGGUGGAGCUACUCAUCUGUGGAAGCAGGAAUUUAGACUUUCAAGCGCUUGAAGACACGACAGAGUAUGACGGAGGCUACAGCAAGGAUUGUCGCAUUAUUAAAGACUUCUGGGAGACGGUGCAUUCGUUUGGUGAGGAGGAUAAGAGACUUUUCCUCCAGUUUACGACGGGGACUGACAGAGCACCCGUAGGAGGCCUGGGCAAGUUAAAGAUGAUCAUCGCCAAGAACGGUCCCGACACAGACAGGUUACCUACUUCUCACACGUGUUUUAAUGCUUUGCUGCUCCCUGAAUACGAUUCAAAGGAGAAACUGAAGGAGAGACUUCUCAAAGCCAUCACUUAUGCCAAAGGAUUUGGAAUGCUGUGAAACAAACGAAACUGACAACUCUGCAAAAAACAAAACAAACUUCCUGGCUUCAGUUCAAUGGUUUUAUGUUUUUGUAAUGGAGAAGGAAGGAAUUAUACAAGGAGGCAACAGUUGAAAUUGAUGUGGCAUUACGACAAGGAAGUGCUCCAGAGACUGUGUGCCUGAACAGGAACUAGACUCAACUAGCAGACCUUCGAUCUAGCCCCCCCCCCCCCCCCCCCAGAUCCAUUUAAUGUACGCAGAACCUCUCCUUACAUUCUAGGUUAUUCAAACAGUUGAAAUCAGUUAUAAUUCUUACUGGAGCUCGCUGGAUUUAUUUGAUGUGUUUUAUUAAAGAUUUUUUUGACGUGUAAAAACUUUUAAGAAGAAGAAGCAGGUUAUAAUUAAUUGUUGUGGAAGUGCACUUAACUAGACCUUCUGAAUGUUAGCGAAUGGUAUAUACUGUACUGUAUACUGCCGUUUUUAGGACAUUUUGUUAGUUUAUGAUAUUCUUUUAAUGCCAGCAGUGUUGUCGGUAACACUUCCUAAUAUAAUACCCUCUUCAUAAUGCAUUGAAAAGUACAUUUUAUAAUGUCUUAUGAGCUAUGCAUUAUAAUGCCCUGCCAGGUGUUUUAUAGCUGCUCAUAGACCUCUAUAAUGCUUUGUUUCAAGUUUUAUUGUCACGUGCACAAAUACCGUGAAAUACUUUUUCCACUGUACUUGAAGGGGGGGGUGUUCAUAUGACGUAUUAGCGUGGUGUCGUCUAAGGCACAGGACUAUUCUAACCAGUACACCAAUACAGUGGUUCCUGCUCUUCUACAAGCUAUGCAAGUGGGACCCUAUUCCCUACAUAGUGCACUACUUUUAACCAGGGCCCCUACAUAGGGAAUAGGGUGCCAUUUGGGACGCGUCCCCCCCUCCUCUAUUGAAUGACGGCGUUGCAGCAUCGUCUUGUACCGCUGCCUCUUUGGCAAAUCUCCCUGCUACUUUUGGCUGCAGUCCAGCACUCUUUCUAAUGUGUUGAAUAGCUUGCUAUUCAAUAUGUAGAUGUUUUUUGGGGGGAUUGUUCAUUUUGUAUACCGGACAGAACAGAGCACUCUCUUAGCCCUGACGGGGUUGCUUUCGGUUUUUCUAUUUUAUUUUAAUGCAUGGUUACAGACACAACGUAAAUAAUUAGCUUUACCAAGCUCCAGUGAAUUGUUAGUCGUUUGGUAGCUGUACUCUCACUUACAGUUGCAAAAUAAUUUUUUAGGGGGGGGGAAAUGCUUUUCCCAAAAAAUCCCUUGGUUUUUCCAGAAAUCCCAGUUGGAAGAGUCCCAGAAUCGGGAGGAAAUCCAGAAUCCUCCAACCAGGAGUUUUUGGAAAACCUGGGAAUUUUGGGAACGUUAUCAGAAUUCUGCAACCCUAAUCUGACUUCACAGUUAAUCUGACCCAUAUAAUGUGAAUUUUUGACUUGGAGAGAAGUGUUUUUAUAAUAAUACCACUGAAUUGAUGUGCCACAUCAAUGCUCUGAACAGUGUGUUAUUCUCUGAAGUAUUUUUAUUCAUUGGUGUUUUGAUUUGGUGUGACUGCGGUUUGGUUUUCAUUAUGCUAUACACCUGAAAGCCUGCCAAGCCAUGCAGAACAUUUUGGUUUAAUAUCCUGUGAGGUGUACAACAGUCUUGGCAGGAAGGGUUUAAUAUCCUGUGAGGUGUACAACAGUCUUGGCAGGAAGGGUUUAAUAUCCUGUGAGGCGUACAACAGUCUUGGCAGGAAGGGUUUAAUAUCCUGUGAGGCGUACAACAGUCUUGGCAGGAAGGGUUUAAUAUCCUGUGAGGUGUACAACAGUCUUGGCAGGAAGUUCAGUCCGUUCAGAAAGUAUUCUUAUCCUUAUAUGUAUUCCACAUGUUGUUGUUUUACUGCCUGAAUUCAAAAUGGAUUCAAUAUGUAUCAUUUUUUUUCACCCUUUUACAUACAUUUGCUAAAAUUGUGGGGUAUUGCAUUAUAAAAAAUAAAAUAAAGAUAUCUAAUCUACAUCAGUAUUCACACCCCUAAUUCAAUACGUGUUAGAAUCCCGUUUGGCAGCGAUUACAGCUGUGAUUAUUUCUGAAUAAGUCUGUAAGAGCUUUACACACCUGGAUUGUACAAUAUUUGCACAUUCUUAAAAAAAAAAAAUCAAACUGUUGGUUUGAAUCAAACAAGUUGGUUGUUGAUAAUUGCAAAACAGCCACUGGAACGUCUUGCCAUAGAUUUUCAAGCAGCUUUUAAGUCAAAACUGUAAUUAGGCCACUCAGGAACCUUCAAUGUCGUCUUGGUAAACAACUCCAGUGUAUAUUUGGCCUUGUGUUUUAGGUUAUUGUCCUGCUGAAAGGUGAAUUUGUCUCCCAGUGUCUGUUGGAAAGCAGACUGAACCAGGUUUUCCUAGACCUUUCUGAUGACAAGCAUACCCAUAACAUGAUGCAACCGCCACUAUACAUAACACAUAUUGAUUAUAUGAAGAUUAGUACUUACUUAGCGAUGUGUUGGAUUUGCCCCAAACAUAACACUUUUUGUUCAGGACAGAAAGUUAAUUUCUUUGCCACAUUUUUCUCAGUAUUACUUUAGUGCCUUCUUGCAAACAGGAUGCAUGUUUUGGAUUUUUUUUCUUUUCGUACAGGCUUCCUUCUUUUCACUCUGUCAUUUAGGUUAGUAUUGUGGAGUAACUACAAUGUUGUUGAUCCAUCCUCAGUUUUCUCCUAUCACAGCCAUUAAACUCUAACUGUUUUAAAAAAUCACCAUUAGCCUCAUUGUGAAAGAUCUCUAUUUAAUAAAUUUUCAAUUCAGGAUGUAAGACAAAAUGUGGGAAUAAAUCUUGGGCUGUGAAUACUUUCUGAAGGCGAUGUAUUUAGUUGUUUGUUGCCUGAUUUAUUUUGUUAUAAUGGAAGUUAAGGAAAGUACAAACAUUAUAAUUAAACACUUGAUGUGUCAACAUAAUGCAAAAUAAAAUAAUACAUUUUUAA